AUGUGCAUCAAUGAUAACACAAGUCUGCAAGAGAUGUUCUCAAUCAACUAUGAAGCCCAAUCACGAGUAUCUGUUAUUGAGCUGUACGUGGAGUUUGACCAAUUACCGAAUACGGUGGAACAAGAUGAUCAUGAUUUCGAUGGAAAAAGUUAUAACGGUGACAGUAAAGAGGAAUAUGAAGGAAAUUAUGAUUUCGUUGAUCCGAAUGCAGAUGAGGAACAAGAGGACUGCACCAUUGAGUCGGACGUCGAAGACGUCGCAAAUGCACUAGCGAGUGAGCAUCCAUUCGAAGAACUGUCUUUCAUGCGUGCUUUGGAUCUCGAUGCCAUGAAUGCUCCAGAAUUUUCGGAGUAUGCCAAUGCAGAUCCACCUGUGGUCAAGGAUGGUGAAUUUGUCAUAGGGAUGGAAUUUAAUUCUAGAGAGGCUGUGAUCAAGGAAGUUAAAGAUUAUACCAUUCACAGAGGUGUUGAUUAUUGGGUUUUUGAGUCUGAGCCGACGACAUUUUACGCGAAAUGUGUGCAAUAUGGGCAAAGCUGUGAUUGGCUUAUCAGGGUUAGCUUGAUGCGAAGAAAGUAUUGUUGGGAGAUUAGACAAUAUAAUGGCAGUCAUACUUGUACUAGAGCCACUAUUUGUCAGGAUCAUUUGAAGUUGGACUUAGACACUAUUGCAGAUGCAAUUAAGCCAUUGAUAGAGGCCGAUCCAUCCAUAAAGGUGCGAUCAGUAAUUGCAGAUGUCCAAUCAAAGUUUAACUACACGAUUAGUUAUCGCAAAGCAUGGUUGGCUAAGCAGAAGGCAGUUGAAAAAAUUUUUGGAGGGUGGGAAGCCUCUUAUGAAGCGUUGCCCAUAUGGUUUGAGGCAAUGGUGAAGAAAGAGCCAUCAGCAGCUGUCAAAUAUGAAACGUUACCUUGCUACCGCGGGGAUGAAUUGGCUCAGGAUGUCAGGGUUCUAAAUCGAGUUUUCUGGAGUUUCUACCCAUGUAUAAGAGCAUUUAGGCACUGCAAGCCAGUUGUACAGGUAGAUGGCACACACUUGUAUGAAAAAUAUAAAGGAGCGUUGUUGGUCGCAGUUUCUCAAGAUGGUAACAACAAUAUUGUGCCAAUUGCAUUUGUGCUUGAUGGGGUGGGACUUAUCUCUGAUCGUCACGAGUCUAUUAGGUCAGCAGUUUCUCGUUGUGAUGGAGCAUGGGAACCGCCAAGGGCCAGACACAUGUUUUGCAUUAGGCACAUAGCAUCGAACUUCUUGAGGAAGUUCAAGGCACCGUUCAUGCAAAAGCUUGUGGUGAACAUAGGCUAUUCUAAGACGGUGGAUGAAUACGAAAUCCGUUACCAGAGGUUUCGCAGUCGGGGUGAGGCAUACAAUUGCUGGCUAGAUUGGAUUCCCCGUGAGCAACACUCUUUGGCAUAUGAUGGUGGCCAUUGA